UCCCUCCCUCCUCCCUCCUCCCUCCUCCCUCCUCCCUCCUCCCCUCUGUCUCUCCCUGGAUGUAAUCUCCGACUUGACAACAGGUAUUUGCAGUGUCCCAGACAAAGUAAUCUGUCCAGUCGUCGGUGAGCUUUUGGCAGGAGAGUCAGAGCAGAGCUUCUCCAGCGCAGUCUCUAGAAAUCCCUGUCGAAGCGUCUGCAGACAUGGGUCGCCAAGAGGCCGACUAUAUGUGGAAGAAGGACACCGACAACAUCCAGGAGAUCUUUGACUUCAUGGAAGAGUUGGGAUCAGGGGCGUUCUCAGAGGUUUACAUGGUGAAGGAGAAGAAGACGGGAAAGAAUUUUGCCAUGAAGUGUGUGAAGAAGAAACAGAAGAGGGAUCUCAAUCUGGAGAAUGAGAUCGCUGUGCUCAGAAGAAUCCAACAUGACAAUGUUGUGGGGAUGGAGGAUUUCUAUGAAAGUCGGACCCAUUACUAUCUGGUCAUGCAGCUUGUCUCAGGUGGUGAGCUGUUUGACCGGAUCUUGGACCGGGGCAUGUACUCAGAGAAAGACGCCAGCAGUGUGAUCCAGCAGGUGCUGCAGGCCGUCAGUUAUCUGCACCAGAACGGCAUCGUGCACCGUGACCUCAAGCCAGAGAACAUCCUGUACUACAGCCAGGAAGAAAACUCCAAGAUCAUGAUCAGUGACUUUGGCCUGUCAAAGAUGGUAGACAACGACAUCAUGUCGACAGCCUGUGGCACCCCAGGAUAUGUAGCUCCUGAAGUUUUGGCACAGAAGCCUUACAGCAAGGCAGUAGACUGCUGGUCUAUUGGAGUUAUAACCUACAUCCUACUCUGUGGAUAUCCCCCAUUUUAUGAAGAAAGUGAGACACGACUCUUUUCCAAGAUCAUCAAGGCACAGUAUGAGUUUGACUCACCCUUCUGGGACGACAUCUCUGAAUCUGCGAAGGACUUCAUACGUAACAUGAUGCAGAAGAAUCCCAACAUGCGCUACAACACAGACCAGGCGCUCAGACAUCCCUGGAUUAUCGGAAAGACGGCCCGAAGCCACGAUAUCUACUACUCUGUCAGCGCUCAGAUCCAAAAGAACUUCGCCAAGUCUAAAUGGAAGCAAGCCUACAAUGCCGCUGUUGCCAUCAACCACAUGAAGAAGCUGCAGCUGGCCCACUCAGAGCUGGUCCUGAGGCAGGCCAGCAUCCCUGACAUCAAGGUGAUCGACGUGUCCUCCCCAACGAGAAACCGCAAACAACUCAACACAGACAAGCUCGAUCCCAAAGUGGAGGAGGUCAACGGGAACGUACGCGGGGCGCAACACAUAUCACUGCCUCUGAACCAUGUCGAAGUGAAGAGCCACUUCCACCCGUUGAAGGCCAGUCAGAGCCAGUGCGUCGGACACCACGCGCCCACCAUAGCUGAGCAGGGGAAGCACGUCUACCACUCAGAGCCCGCCAACCUCAACGGGUACGGUAAAAACCGCAACACUAAGACGAUACAGACUGGAGUCUGCUCAGUCAUGUAAAAGGCUUCAUGAAGUUUACAUGGAAACAAAGCAAUUUACCUGGUCAGUGUUGCUGUGUUGACUCAGCAUGCAGCUGUUUUGCGUCAGCAGCUCCCCGGCACUGAGAAUGAGCGGCGGUUGAUCCUUGGAUGGACCCGAGCGGUCUGUGAAGUCCACAGUCGGUGGGACAUUUUGUUGUAGAAGGAGUGCCUAUGGAGCUUUUCAACACUUACAGACACACACAAACACACAGCGUUUUAGACAGUAUUCCAGGGGAUGUCUUCCAGAGAAUGGGCUCACUUGGUGCUGAGCUCCAAGUCUUUGUCGUGAAGUCGUCCCUGACUUCUUUUGUCUGAGAGUUUAAUUCAUCAGCACUUAGUGUUCAGGUUUAUUAGGAUCGUGGUGGUUUAAGGUAACAUACACAAUGCAAUAAGAUACAUUAUUGUACUUGAUCAUGUGUAAAUCUUUAUCCUUAUACCUGCAUUUGCAAGCAUAGUAUAUAUAUACAUUUAAAAAAUGCAUGCUGGGUCGAAGCAGUAGCUCAACUGGUUGGGCUGUUGACCUAUAAACAGGGGCUAUAGUCCCUGAUGCAGCAGUCAUGGUUUGGAGUCCAACCCAUGGCCAUUUGCUACAUGUCCUUCUCCCUACAUUUCCUGUCUCUAAAAAAUGCAUGCUUGCUGCUUCUUACAAGCCAUACUAAUAUAAUUUAUUCUGGUAAAGUUGUCUCUUAUUUUUGUUACUUUCCUUGUGUGUCUGUUUUGUGUUUUUUUUUAUUGAUUUUUUUUUCUAAAGUAUUUUCUUCCUUUUUUAAAAAAUAAAAAGACAAUAAAAGAGCAGGUCAGACGCAAGUUCACAACUAAACAUUAUACUGUAUAUUCAAACAAAUGACUCAUUAACAGUGUAAAUGCCACAAGUAUAUCUAGAACUUGCCAACUCAUAGUUCUUAAAUGCCAUCAUCCUAAAUGUGCUGCUAUAUAUAUAUAAAUGGUAAUAGAUGUUCGUCCGCCACUUUGGACAUUUGGUUUUUUGUCUCUUCAGCUGUAUGUGGCUUUGUAUUGAUGCGUUCAGCAGAUAUUGAUCUUGUCUAUGUUUAAUGCUGGAAUUUCUGUAUGCACAAAAAUAAAACCUGUACAGAAUCUGCA